AUGUCCGGUAAGCCACCCAUUCAUAGACUGCCACCUUUGCCUAGGUUGAAGGUGAAGAAACCAAUAAUAACGCAGGAAGCAAACAAAUGCCUGGUGCUGAUGUCGAAUUUGCUGCAAUGUUGGUCUUCAAACGGACAUAUGAACACUGUUUGUGAGAAUUUGGCCAAAGAACUGAAAGUUUGCACAGCAGAGAGAGCCUUAGGUAAGGGGAAUAAAGUGGAAAAGAGUAACAUCAAUUACCAUGCCGCAAGACUGUACGACAGAAUUAGCGGGAAGCCUCACGACUGA